UAACUCCGUUACGAUUUGUAGUCACAUGACUUGAAUGAGUCCUAAGUUCUUUGGAAUAUUUAGUGAUGUAGAGGCGUUCAUUAAGCAACAAAUGUUCUGUUUUAUUAUUAUAAAUGGUGACAAUGUAUAAAGUAUGAGUGGUAUUUGUAACGGAUCAAGUACCUUGCUUAAAGAUUGAUUCUCAGGGAAGCUACUACAAGAGCUCUAGCUAUGGAUUUACCAUCUAGUUGCAAUGACAGUAAAGACUUCAAGUCUAAAAGCAAAGACAGUGAAGAUGACACCACUUGUAUAACUUCAGAUGACAAGGAUGAUGCCAUUUCCAUGAGUGCAGAUGGUGAGGCUGGCACUGUUUCCACCAGAACAGAUGAUGAAGAGACAGUAUCUGAAGAUCAUUUGGAAGCUGUUGAGGUCACAGAAUUAAUUGAAGACCAGCUUGAUUCUUCUGAAUAUAUCUCAGAAGAACAUGUCCAAAAACUGAGCCAUGAUUUAAUGGAUCUUUUCCUACCAAACUUGGAAUUGGCCAAAAAAUCUCUUCAUGAAUUGACGCAAAACCAGAAAAUUCUUAUAGAGACUGUUCAGCAAGAGAAUGCCAAGUUUGAUGAGUGUUCAUCAAGAGAAAAGCUGGCUGAAAUUCUGUCUAAUGCAAAGAUCUACCAUAGCAAAUUGUUAUCAAUAAAGAAGCAGAUGUUUUUACUUCAAGACAAAUCGGUGAAGCUGAAAAAACGUGCAUUACGGCUGCAGCAACAGAAGCAGAAAGAAGAACUCCAGCGAGCACAACAACAAGAAUAUGAAUUAGAAAAAGAGCAAAUGCUUGAAGCUAAAGUGAUUCCAAAACCAUGAAACUCCAACCAGUGAUUUUAGAAACUGACUGCAAAUGUAAUCAUCACUUGUAUUUAUCUCUUCUUUUGGUUCAAACAGUUUUUUUUUUUAAAAAGGCUGUAAAAUCUGAUUUUUAUUCCUCUUGUUUAUCUAAUUUUAAUCUUGUUUCACUGCCUCUUUUGGAAAGUGAAGGAUUUACAGACUUAGUAAAACUUAAUGCUGCCAUGGUUCUCUUAAUUGAAACUUUAAAAGGAAAACAUAAAAAAGAAAAAAAUUCAGAAAAUUGUUGAAUUUCUUUCAAACGAAUAUUGUGUAUUAUUUCAUUGCAUAAUAAUGUCUUCAUAUGAUGUUAAUAUUGUGAUGAAUGAGGAAAGCCGGAAGAAAGGAACCUAACAAUGAAAUAUCUGCUUGAACAUGACUAGCAAAGACAUUUCAACAGCAGUUCAGAGGUGAAACAUUUUAUCAACUGCUGCCUAUUGUUUGUUAAAUUUAGCAUCAAUUUCAUAGGAAACUAAUAGAUGCACUGGAAGAAUAAAAGAAAAUGUUGAUAAUAU